AUGUCCGACCCUAGACUUGUUGAUAUGGAACCGGGCGGAGAGAGCACCCAAUAUGAGUCUAUCAGACAAUUCACAAAGAGUCCCUCAAAACAAACCGGACAAUUGGGGGUCGGCGAUAAGCACACUAUAAGCGAAGUGAGCCCUGGGCUAGGAACACAUAGCCCGGCACCCAACAAUGACGAGGAUUUCCAGGCCCAAAAGCUGGGCAUGGGAGCAAUCGCUGAUUCUGGUAAAGAUACGACACGUGACGAGGACGAUGCCGUGGCCAAAGCCCGCAGACUGCAAGGGUAUGGGCCUGGGUCUGGUGUCGGGGCUUAG